AUGUAUCCCUCAACCUCAUCCUCCUCAUCCCAAAAUCCCAUGGGCCCAGGCCCAAGUGCAACCGGGCUGACCCGCUACGGCUCUGCCCCUGGCUCCCUCCUAACCUCGGCCGUCGAUUCCGUCAUCGGCGCUGUCGCAGACCGCGAAUUCUCAGCACUCCGAUCGCAGCCCCACCUCGGCCACUACUUCUCUGGCGACGGCCACGGCGACGACUCCUCCCUCACCAGCUCUGAGUCAACCUUCAAAGUCAACUCAUCCAACGACGGCAGGGACGCAACCAAGCCAUUGCUCCGAUCGUACGGCCUGAAUGAGAUGUCUAACGCGAUUGGAUCUCCUACUUCUUCUUCUUCUUGCUCUUCGCCGUCAGCCCUGGUUCGCCAGAGAAGCUCUCCAGCUGGCUUCCUCAGCCAUCUCACCGCUCCUGAUAACAAUGGAGGAUUUUCUGUUACAAGGGGAGCUGGAAUCUAUAGCUCACAAGGUGGCACUAAUGGCGGUCAUGGACAUGGAGUAACGAGGUUAAAGUCUCAGUUGAGCUUCACUAGGCAAGAUUCUCUUUCUCAAAUAUCUGAAGUAAGUGAAAAUGCCAUGGAAGGUGUUAGCUCCAACAAUGGCCACCAUAGUGCCAUGCAUUCUUAUCCCACUACUAGCUUUGGGAUGGAAUCCUGGGAUAAUACCAAUUCUAUUGUCUUUUCGGCUCCACCAAGCAAACGAGCUAAAAAUAUGGAUGGUGACUUAUUUAACUGCCUCAAUGCUUUAGAAUCUCAGUUUAGCCUUCCCCAGACAUCUUUAGAAAUGGCUACUGUAGAGAAGCUACUGCACAUCCCUGAGGAUUCUGUUCCUUGCAAAAUUCGGGCGAAGCGUGGCUGUGCAACUCAUCCCAGAAGCAUAGCGGAGAGGGAGAGAAGAACUAGAAUAAGUGGGAAGCUGAAGAAACUACAAGACCUUGUUCCAAACAUGGAUAAGCAAACAAGCUAUGCGGACAUGUUGGACUUGGCUGUACAACAUAUCAAAGGCCUUCAAAAUCAAGUCGAGGAUCUUCACAAGGAUCUUGAUAAUUGCACUUGUGGCUGCAAACCAAACACAUAA